AUGCGUCAAAGUAUUAAAGCUUAUAAUGAUUGUGAAAGGAGAAAAGCCAAAGGAAGUAACACUUUUUCAUCAAUGGAAGCUAAUGAUUCAAUUUAUAAUCCAAUGGAGAUUAUAAAACAAAUUCGUGGAAAGCGUUAUGGUGGUAAUAUUUCUUCUAUGGAAUAUGCUUACUUAUUGAAAGCACUGCUAGCAUAUUUCUUUGAGAACAAGAUGUUAAUUGGUGGAAAUAAUGGAAGAAUAAAUUUUGCCAAGGAGUACGAAAACUAUGUUUACAAGUUAGAUGCUAGUGAAAAUUUAAUGGAUAAAAAAGUUAAAAAUUUCUUAAAAUAUGUUAAUAUAAAUGAUGCUGGAAAAUUGAAUGAACUUUGUGUUCAAUUUAAUAACAUAGGAAUGAUGAGUAAAGAUGCUCUUAUAAACAACUGUCAACGUUUUUACACCGCUAAAGAAAGUCUUCUAAGAAGAAAUCGUUACAAUGACAUAGAAUGUCUUGACAAAACUUCAGUUAACAUCAAUGGAUAUGAUUCUAAAAAUAUCCUUGGUUAUAUCCACGCUAAUGAAAUGAUUUAUAAAUAUGGUGAAGGAAAUGAAAGAAAAAUUAUUAUGUGUCAGGCACCAAUACAGACAACAGUUGAUGAUAUGUAUGACAUGAUUUUUAGAUACAAGAUCGGAAUCAUUGUCAUACUUGUCAAUGAAAAAGAAAUAAAGGUCCAAAAUAAGUUAAAUAUACGGUCAUGUAUAUUAAUAAAAAAAACUGAUAAUGUAAAUCGUAUUAUUGAAUAUGAUUAUACAAUUUUAAAUUUCUUCACUACAUUAAUUGACCCAAUACAAGCAUACCUACUGAAAGUGGUUCUAUUCAUGAACUCAAUUCAUUGUAGUACAGGAAUAGGAAGAACUGGAACAUUAGCAUUAGCUAUUUAUAUGAUCAAUUAUGGUAAACGUUUGAUCAAAUAA